AUGGAGAAUUUUCAAGAGCUAAAGGAUACAAGAGACGAAAUUAAGAGCCUCCUAUCAUCAGCUACGCAAUCUCGGGUUAAAAAGCUCCUACAAGGUGAGCUUGCUCGCGUAGAACUCGAGAUCAAUGCCGAGGAGAAACGAAUCGAAAAUGCAGGUUCCCCGGAAGGGACAAAGAAGCAGCCGUCGAAGAAACCUCAAGUAUCCUUAACAAAAAUCACAUCGUACGCUUGGGAUCAAUCGCCAAAAUUUGUAAAAAUUUACAUAACUUUGCCAGAGGUAGAAACUCUCCCGGAGGAGAAGAUUUCUUCGAAGUUCACUGGAAAGUCACUGGAGCUGAGAGUACUUGGUCUCAACGGCAAGAACUACGAGUUUCAGAUGGUACACUUGUUGCAUCCUAUUAUUCCUGAGUCAAGCUCUGUGAAAAUAAAAUCAGGAAAACUAAGUAUCCUGCUGAAGAAAGAAAAAGAAGAGAAUUGGUCUUGUCUGACAGUGACUGAGAACUUGAAGAAUAUAAAACAGCAGCAACCGAAGUUUGAUGAGACCAAGGAUCCUGGAGAAGGGAUAAUGGAUCUGAUGAAAAAGAUGUAUGAUGAAGGAGACGAUGAAAUGAAGAGAACCAUUGCAAAAGCCUGGACAGAGUCAAGAGAGAAGCAGAAUACUAUGGACUUCUAA